GCGACUGAGACGUCACAGAAAUGGUGGAUUGCUGUAGUGCGCGGAGCGGCAUGACAGCUGUGAGAAACUUACGAGCUAAAGAGACAGUUUUACGACACCACUGAAGCCUUACACUGAUGGACAACAAAAGACGUCAUGAUGAGAGAUAUUGAUUCAAGAGAAAGGGUUCAAGAUGACACAUGCUUUUAGGUGUGAAGGGGCACAGAAUGAAGAAGAGGAGGAUGACGAGGAGGUGAGCCCUAUCAGAUCAAGUUUCUCCGUGGAGGACCUGCUCGAUGAGGUGGAGAAGAUCAGCAGUGUCGCCAGUAGUGGCAAAAAGGUGGAGAUUGUCGUGAGACUGUGGAAAAAUGGCUUCACGGUAAACGAUGAAGAUUUACGCAGUUACACUCUAGAAGAAAACCAAGAGUUCUUGGAGGCCAUUAAAAGAGGUGAGCUGCCUCUGGAGCUAGAAGGAAGAGCCGAGGAUGAAGAACUGGAAGUCAAUGUCGAGGACAUGAAAGAUGAAGUUUAUGUCCCAAAGAAAAAGACCUUUCACCCGUUUACAGGCCGAGGUUACAGACUGGGAAGUGUGGCUCCGCGAGUGGUGGCCAGGUCUCGGUCGAUACAUGAGGACUGUUCUGGUCCUCCUCUCCCAGCUGUGGAGCUGAAUGAGGACCUCCCCGUGACCUCCCUCCAGAUUUGGCUGGCAGACGGUCAGCGUCUUGUGCAGAGGUUUAAUCUCUGCCAUCGGAUCAGUGAUGUGCAGCAUUUCGUGGAGCAGGCUCAGAGAACGGACGCUCCGUUCAUCCUGACUACAUCCCUGCCGUACCGAGAGCUGAGAGAUGAGGGUCAGAGUUUGAAGGAAGCUGAUUUAGCAAAUGCUGUCAUCGUUCAGAGGCCUCUCAACACACAUGCUCCUUUCGGUCACUCCUGACUGUUCCUGCUUGCACCAGAGACUCAAAUCUAUUAGUCCCACCCAUGUUUGAGUGACAUUAUAUAAAGCACUCUCUCUUAAAGGAAUAGUUCACCCAAAUUUUAAUUUGCUGAAAAUGUUCUCAUCCAAGAUGUUGAUGAGUUUGUUUCUUUAUCAGAACAAAUUAGGAGAAAUUUUGCAUUACAUCACUUGCUCACCAAUGGAUCCUCUGCAGUGAAUGGGUGCCGUCAGAAUUACAGUCCAAACAGCUGAUAAAAACAUCACAGUAAUCCACAAGUAAUCCACACAACUUCAGUACAUCGAUUUACGUCUUGUUAAGUGAAAAGCUGCGUAUUUGUGAGAAACAAAUCCAUUCUCAAGAUUUUUUUUAAACUUCAAACCAUUGCAUCUGGCUAAAAUGCCAGUCUAUAAUGUAUAAUAUUGCUUUCUCCAGUAAAAAAGUCAUCUUGUCUGAAUCAGGAGAGAAAUAUGAAGAUGCAGCAAGCUAAAUCAGUUGUGUAAACAAAUAUGCUGGUGGAUUUUGAAGUGUUAUUAUGGAUUAUGGUUAUUAUGGACUCACUAUUUUGGCAAGAAGUAAGAGUUUAAAGUUAAAAUGCCUUAAUGAUGGAUUUGUUUCUUACAAAAAUGCAGCUUUUUGUUUCACUGGACAAUAAUUGAUGGACUUGAGUUGUGUGGGUACCUUGUGAAUUAUUGUGAUGUUUUUAUCUGCUGUUUGGACUCUCAUUCUGACGGCACCCAUUCACUGCAGAGGAUCCUUUGGUGAGUGAGUAAUGUAAAUUCUACAUUUUUAAAACCAUAAAAGCCUAUGUUUUUUUUUUUCUAAUUUUGUCUGAUUUUGAAAACCUUUGGGAUGUUACUAAGAUAUUAUAGAUGUUCGCUCAACACAAAUAGAUUUAAAGGUACCAAAAAAUGAAAAAGAUUUGAGUAACUCAAUGAUCCUCCUGGACUGAAACACAAAAAGUGAAAACAAAAAAACAUCUUACAUUUCAGUCAAAAUGGAAGACAUGUGGGUGAUCUUUCACUGUCGGAGGUGUUGGCCUUUUCUGAUGCAAUGCAGUAUGCACAAGCCAAGUCUUUAACCUUCACUAAUACACAUGUUUACACAGAUCACCGAAGAAGUCAGAUCAUGGAAGCUGCCAUGAUGCUUAAUGGAGUUGUGUUCGAUCAUCUGUGCUGGUAUGUCUUACUGUGAACCGUUAAGUUAUAAAUGUCAAAUGUUUUAUGCACUUUGCCUAAGACAGAGGCUCUGUUAUAAAGACCUCUGCUUGCAAUAAACCUACUGAAGAUA